GAAAUUCCAGAGACGCAACGUGGUGAUUUAGCAAGUGUCGUGUCUGAGACUAUAUCUACGAGAAAAAAGAUGCCAAUUCCAAAGGAGGUUUUGGGUUUCACUUAUAGUACCAUAAGGCAUAUUCACAUUCAGGGAACAUGA